AUGUCGAUAGCGGCUGCGACGAUGCCCCCGGUGCGCCCCCACACCCCAGGAGACGAGGAGCUACAGGAACUGUACGACGAGGUCUGGGAGGGGUUCAAGCCUUUCCAGAGCGACCAGGAUGCUGACAUAGUGGACUCGUACGACUAUACCGCGUCGUCGCCAAACACUUCGCCUACAUCCCCCGCGCAGUCUUCAUCGCAUUCGACCCCGGUAGAGAAACCGAGGCAGACAUCUAAAAUCUACAGACCCUUGCCACGGCCACCAGGAACAUCAUCGUCCGCUUCUUCGCCAAUGAAUGGCAUGCCUGAACCAGAACCAUACUACGACCCUCCAAGUGCGCAGCGUUCACCCUUGAGCGCAGAUUCGACCAAUGGGUCCUCGGACCUCUUACGAAAGGUGACCACGGGUAGUACAGGUAGUGGACGAAGAUUGCCUGCACCUCCCUGGGCGGGGAAUUCAUCAGACCGCCCAUCAUCUGGCAACUCCUCCUACUUUCCAAGAUUCUCCUCCGCAAGUGGAAGCAAUCUGGAUAUCUCGUACAACAAUCAAAAUGGAACUGGUAGGACAAACGAUCUUGUCCCUUCACCCUACGAUCCUUCUCGGCCGUAUGGCACUUCCGCUCCUAGAAUCCCCGGAGGAUCGGUAGACAUUGAUGACAUUUACGGUGGCGACGCAGACGACAGUUAUGUUUACGGAGACUAUCAAACUGUACCUCCUCCGCCCAGCCUGCCCACUGCUUCGACUUCUGAACACACGAGGACUUAUUCUGACCACACGGUCUCUGGUAAUUCGUUCAUGGGUCAAUACGACCCACCCCCCAUGGACAGGAACGUCUCGGGUCCAUCAAUAGUACGCGAUGCGUCUUAUUUGAAUGGAUACGCUUCGAGUCCAACGACAUAUCUCGGGCUUGGUCCUAAGGGCUUCCCUGCCAGCACGUCGACGUUGAAUAGGGGGCUUUCCGCUGGCUCUGCCGUUUCUCAGACUCCGUCAGAUUACUAUACAUACGGGGACGCGAUCACUGGACCAGGUGUAAAUCGUCGACCUACAGACCUGUUAACGGACCUCGCUAACGGACAACAGUCGGCGUAUGCACCUGAAGACGAGUGGUCUGACUCCGAAGACGGCGACGAAAGCCGCUUCAUCACGUACUCUUUACUCUCAAACUUAGCGAUGCAGUUGCGCGACAAGGUACCAAGGGGUACCCACGUGAAAGGAAGCAUCCCCUAUCCUAGAGCGUUCACUGGCAAAGACAUCGUGUCUACAAUCCAAUCACUCAUACAACGUGAACUACUUAUAAAUCACAACGUCCCCACCAGUGAUCGAAGGGCAGCCCUGCAAGUUGCUCGCAGUCUGCAGAGCCAGCUGUUCUUCUACGAGGUUGAGUGGGGAAGCCGUGUCCUACAAGACGGGGUAGAGGACGUGUACAUGUUCCUGGACGAUGUCGAGGGUUCAUCAGACGCUCCUCCAGACAGGCAGGAACUUCCAACAGGAGUAAUCACUAUCCUCACCACAUGCUAUACGACGAUGUGUACGGGAGAGGGUCCAUGCUAUGCUUGGUCUUGUCCCAAGAGGGGUAAAUUUACUGUAGACAUCACCGUCGACGAGGAUGUCGCACCCCGCUCCGCAGAAACGGGUUGGCCAGAGAACGUACCUCCGGAGGUGAUCGACGCGCUUCCUCCGAGCGAGGUCAAUCGGCAAACCAUCAUCCACAAGCUUAUCAGCAAGGAGGUACAGUACCUUCAAGAUCUUGACACUGUUGACACUUGUUUCCUCAAGCCCCUUCGCGCCUCUAAUCCGCCAGUAAUCCCACGCCAAGACUUAGAAGAUUUCAUCGACGAUGUGUUCAGCAAUAUUCUGGACCUCCGAGAAUGCAACAGGCGACUAUUGGAUGUGAUGUAUGUCAGGCAGCGCGAACAGCACCCCGUAAUACAGAGGAUAGGUGACAUCCUCCUGGAUGCAGCCACUGAAUUCAGGCUAGCGUACCCUGAAUACGUGGGGCACUUGCCUUUGGCAGAGAAGCGAUUGAAAGAUGAAACUGAAAGUAAUGCAGAGUUUCGGCUGUUCCUUGAGCAAUGCGCAAGACAAGUACCCCAUCGUCCCGGAGAAGCCAUGCGUCUCGAUCUCAAGCAAUUGCUUAACCGGCCUUCUGAGCAUCUGCAGAAAUACCCUUAUCUUCUUGAAGCCAUCUACGGCGAGACCGCUAAUGGGAACCCUGAUGCGGAUUUUUUGAAAGAAGCUAUGGCUGCGUUGAAGGGCCUGCAAUCUGUCGCUCAGCUGCGCACGUUCCAGUCUGCCAUGGGCAGAGGUGUCACUGGGAAGUGGGAAUGGCACGAUUUAGUGUCUGCUGAAGCUCGCAAAGCCUUGACGAAGGAUGUGAUCAAGCGACAAUCCAUCAUAUUUGAGUUGAUCAAAGGAGAAAUGGCGUACGUCAAGGAUCUCGAGAAUAUUGAGGUGAUGUACAUCCGUCCUCUACGGGCUGCGGACCCUCCGAUCAUCGAGAAGGAGAGAUUACAGCAAUUUAUCAUCGAUGUCUUCCACAACUUUGCAGAGUUGCACGCGCACCAUCGUCGACUCGUCGAGAAGUUCCACGAGAUUCAGCGAGAGCAGCAUCCAGUAAUCAGAAGUGUUACAGAGGCUAUGCUCGACGCUGCCCUAAACUUCCGUGACGCCUACAUGGAGUACAUCCCAAAUUACCCUAUAGCAGCCUAUCGAAUCGACGAAGAAAUGAACAACAACCCUGCGUUCAAGGAGUUCGUGGAGCAAUGCGUCAAACAUCCUGAUGCUCAUAGAUUGGAUAUGAAGAGUUUCGUUAAUCGACCCAUUCCUCGAUUACUUCGGUAUGAAUUACUACUGAAGGGAAUCAUGGAAGAAUCCUCUCCCACCCACGAAGACCGCGAAUCGAUUCCUCAAGUAUUAGAGAUCAUCAAAUCCUUAGGUAAAGAGACGGAGCCUGGUGUAGAAUCUGCCAAGCAGAAGGUUGAACUAUGGAGGUACAACUCCAAUCUCGUCUUCAAGGCUGGGGAAGUCAUAGAUAUGGACCUCCUUGACGAACACCGUUCGCUGAUUCAUACCGGAAAACUUCUCCGUCAACCUGAGACCGGCUUUGAAUGGAACGGCUGGAGCGAGCUCUUCGUGCUUCUGUUUGAUAACUACUUGGUUAUGACGAAGACCAAAGAGAGGGAUAAUAUCACCAAAUAUCAUGUCAACCGACGUCCUAUUCCCCUUGAUCUUUUGACUCUGGUCAACUUUAAUGACCCUCCUACGCAACGCGGUACCGGUAUUCUGCGUGGCCUGCGUGGUGGUGAACGACACGACACGGCUCCUCAAGCAGGUCCCAACGGAGCGUCGCCAGAGUCGGCAACGGAUUCCCGCUCGGUCUAUCCACUGACUUUGCACCACAACGGUCGUCUUGGAGGACCUUACAUUUUAUAUGCAGAAUCGCAGCAGACGAGGUUAGAGUGGAAGCAGAAGUUGGAAGAAGCACUUGGUCUGCGCAAGGUAGUUCAAGAGUCUAAUAAGGUGUUCGAAGUGGAAACACUUAGUGCCGACACCUUCUUGGUGCCAUCGCUCGUGAAUGGUACGACAUCACCUGCAUGGACCACGGAGAACUCGUUCACCGGAAAGGUCUCUUGCUCUGUGCCGUUUACCACUGCUGAUGGAAGAGGACUCGUUGCCAUCGGUUGCGCCGAAGGGGUAUGGAUUGGCUUCCGACACGAUUCACGAUCUUUGCGACGCGUGCUUCAUCUCAAGCAGGUCACGCAAUGUGCCAUGCUUGAAGACUUCGGGAUAUUCCUGGUCCUAGCUGAUAAAUCUCUCUUUGCCUAUCAUAUCGAAGCUUUGGUGCCGUCGUCGCCUCAAAGUACACACGCUUCCCAGACACCACAGAAGCUGAAUGGGACCAAGGACGUUCACUUCUUCAGUGUUGGGCAGCUUCGUGAGCGUACAUUGGUCAUUUACAUGAAGAAGAAAGGGCUCGACAGCGUGUUCCGUGUGCUUGAACCGGUGGUAGACAAGAUCAAUGAAAGAGCAAAGGCACCAGGAGGGUUGAGCGGUCUCUUGGGCUUCCGCCCUGCGAAGUCGGAAUGGUUCCGUAUCUACAGGGACUUCUUCUUACCAUCAGAGUCGUUUGAUCUCAUUUUCCUGAAGGCAAAGAUCGCCAUUUUGUGCACCAAAGGCUUUGAGAUCAUGGACCUCGCCGACUUCAAGAGUGUGACCAUCCCUCAACGGGAUGAUCCCCGCAUGGAGAAGCUUGCAAAGCGUUGUGAAUCGUCUCGACCCCUUGGGAUGUUCCGGUCCAAAGACGACGAAUUCCUCUUGGUCUAUGACGCGUUUGGUCUGUACGUCAAUAAGCACGGUGACCCGAGUCGAGGGAUGGGUCAGAUUGAAUGGGAAGGCUCCGCCGAACGCGUUGCUCUCCACCUUCCUUACAUCCUCCUAUUCGACCCACGAUUCAUCGAGGUACGCCAUGUCGAGACUGGUCGCCUAGCGCAAAUCAUCCCCGGAAACGACAUCCGCUGCAUAUGGGAUGGCCGUGGACUGAACUCCAAUGCCUCCGUUACACCUAUGGUUGGCCCUUCAGGGGAAGCGGUUGUCCAAGAGGCGAGAGUUCACGGUGUAAUGAAUGCCACGGAGACCAUCAUACCAGGAGUUGGCGGUAUGGCGGGAAGGCAGCCCAGAGCUGUGGCCCAGCACAUCUUCGAACUCAUUCCAACGAUUCCCCUAUACCUUCCUGGAUCUUUAGCAUCACCGUCUACGACAACCUAUUUCCCCCAGUCGAUGUCCCCCCCACGAUCUCCUCAAAUGUUGCCGACAGCUGGUCCUUCUGGAUGGAGGGGAUGA